GGUGAUACUGUAAGAGACUUGUGGACUCGUUAUUUUUUUCUUCCUGUUUAAUCUUAAUAUUUUUUCUUUUGUUUUUACCUGUAUGGAUAUGAGAUUCCACUUUCUAUAUUGACGUUGAAAGUUUACCAAAUUAGGAUGACUGAAUUUUCAUCUGAUCUAAAAGAUAUGUUAAACGAAAUGUCUGAGCUGCGCAAAGCUUUAAUAUUAUUAAAAUCCUACAAUGAAGCUCUGGAAAAAUUAAUAGAGAAACAAAAACAAGCGUUAAACAGAUCGCGAACUCAUUCCAAGAAGCUCAUGGAACUAAUUACAGAAAAAUAUAGAUCUGUCUUUGAAUCCAAAGCUGUUAUGAAAGAUGAAAUAACUCAUCUACGUACAGUUGUAAACGAUUUGCAGCUGGAAGUUGAAAACCAGACAAAAGACCUAAAGACCAAAGAUGAACUCUUUUCCAAAUUGGAAGAUGAGUUGGAGAUUUUACGAUCUCAAAUUGAUUUACAAGUUGAUGAGCAUCAGAAACAGAUCGAAGCUAUACAAGAACGAAACCGUAUCGAAAGAAGCCGGGAAGUGUCUCAGUAUCAAACAAAACUAGAUGCUGCAAAUGCCGAGAUCGAGAAGCUAAAAGAACGGAUCGAACACCGAACAGAAUCACAAAAUAAAAUUCAUCACAGUUUCAAUCAUCCUGCUUGGAGUGAUGGUGAAAGUAGCAACAAGAAAGGAAAAGAUUCUGUUAAACGUAAGAAGAAACCUGAUAUUAGAUGGCCGAAUCUAAAUAUUACGACUUCAGUGAAGGCAGAACACCUAACACAAACUGCAGAGAAUUCAACGAAAAAGAAAAAACUUUUUCUGCUCGACAACGAUAAUAUCACUGACUUGAAGUUGUCAUAAACUUAUUUUUAUUUGUGUUUUAAACAAGAGUACGAUGAACUGUUAAAGUAUUUUCGAACUUCAAAAUGAAAUCCUAGAAAGUAUUAAAUUAACAGAUAUUUAUUUCAACUUAAUUAUAAUAU